CAUAGAUAGGAGAGAUCAAAAACAAAAGGUACACUGUAGAGAAAAAACAGCAGAGAAAAAUUAAUGGCCACCAUCUCAUUUACGUUGUUUAUCAUCUUUUUAGUUGUCUGUUUAUCCAUAGAAAUUAUAAUUGCAUCAUCAGACAGUAGUGUACUAAAAUUCAACAGAGAUGACUUCCCAGCUGACUUUGUAUUUGGUGCUGGAACUUCAGCUUAUCAGGUAGAAGGGGCAGCAGCAGAGGAUGGAAGAUCACCCUGUUUAUGGGAUACUUACACUCACGAGGGUAAGACAGCUGACCACAGUACAGGAGAUGUAGCCUCUGAUGAGUAUCACAAAUACAAGGAAGAUGUGAAGCUAAUGAGCGAAUUAGGUCUUGAAGCUUAUAGGUUCUCCAUUUCUUGGUCAAGACUUAUCCCAAGUGGAAGAGGGGCCGUUAAUUCAAAGGGCGUUGAGUAUUACAAUAAUCUCAUUGAUGAGCUUAUCAGUCAAGGAAUUCAGCCUCAUGCUACUCUCUACCAUUUGGAUCUCCCUCAAAUUCUUGAAGAUGAAUAUGCAGGGUGGUUAAGCCCAAAAAUUAUCGAGGAUUUCACAGCCUAUGCAGAUGUUUGUUUUAGAGAAUUUGGUGAUAGAGUUUCAUAUUGGACUACCAUUAAUGAAGCAAAUAUAAUGAGUAUUGCAUCUUACGACAGCGGUAUAUGGCCGCCACAGCGCUGUUCGUACCCUGGUGGUGUCUUAAACUGUACGGCGGGAAACUCCUCCGUUGAACCAUACAUUGCAAUGCAUAAUAUCUUACUAACACAUGCAUCAGCUGCAGCAAUCUACAAAGAGAAGUACCAAGGCAAACAAGAGGGUACCAUUGGGAUGAACGUGUAUUGUUUCUGGUGUACUGCUCUCACGAAUUCUAGUUCUGAUAUUAUAGCAGCUCAAAGAGCCAAUGACUUCUAUAUAGGAUGGGUAAUGAAUCCUCUUGUUUAUGGAGAUUAUCCUGUGAUAAUGAGAGAAAAAGCUGGUUCUCGACUCCCAUUUUUCACGAAACAAGAAUCCGACCUCGUAAAGAAAUCGUGGGAUUUCAUCGGGUUAAACCAUUAUUUCACGGUUUAUGUAAAAGAUGACUCGAGCAGUUGGGAAACAAGUCCUCGAGAUUAUAACGGUGAUAUGGGGGUUCAAAUUGCAGGUACCAAAGACGAUACACCAACUAGUCAAUUCGUUCCUGGUUCCUUGCCAUCCAAUCCUUCAGGUUUACUGAGUUUGCUAAACUACUUGAAGGACUCUUAUGGAAACCCUCCUGUCUACGUUCAAGAAAAUGGUUUUGGAGCGCCACAUAACGAGUCUCUCAAUGACACUGCAAGGAUCAACUACGUAAGCGGGUUCAUCGAAAGCAUAUUAAAGGCAAUCAGGAACGGAGCAAAUGCAAAAGGGUACUUUGUGUGGUCAUUCCUAGACGUUUUUGAGGUGUUAUCCGGGUAUCAAUCACGAUACGGACUUGUUCACGUUGAUUUCGAUGACAAAGAGUUGAAGAGAACACCAAAAUCAUCAGCUCUCUGGUACUCUAAUUUUCUCAAGACGGGGAAGAAUAACACACAGGAUAUACACAUAAUGAAGAAGAAUGAGAAGAUGUGGAAUUCUGAAUGAUGAUAUUUCGCUUAGCAGCAAACCACUGAUAUUUACUUCAUGAUAAAGAAAAUCUGAAGUUACACUUUUACAGUCUAUUUUAAAGCAUCCCAAUUGUUUCUUGUAUAUUUCCUCCAAAAAGAAAAUAAUUCUGUAAGGGAGAACAAAAGUGAAUGAUAGGUCACAAUUCCUGUAAAAUGAUAGUAGAUGGUUUCAGAAAGUAAAGGGCAGAACUUUUAUUAUCA